GGAUAGACAAAUUGUUUUUAAUAUUUCUUUCCUCGCAUUUUCCCUUCCACUUCGUUUCAAUCCCAACACACACCGUCUCUACACUACAGUUACGAAUAUCCUUAAACCCUAAAAUACUCCACUCUCUCUUCCCCAAAACUCUGAAUUUCUAAAACCUUCCAUUCUCUUUCAAUCAUCAUCAAUGGCGGAAACCUCUCAAUUGACUCGUCACAUUGAGUCCUACGUUGCCUCUUCCUCCACUCCAAUUCAACAGGUUGCAAGCUUGGACUCAAUUGGAUUAUUGAUAAAGACCAAUGCUUUAACUCUAGAAGCACUUGUUAUAGGGUUGGAUAUGUAUUUGACUUCAACAGAUGCAGUUAUUCGGUCUAGAGGAAUUCUUCUUCUGGCCGAGGUGCUUACUCGUAUUCACUCAAAAUAUCUUAACAGUGAAACUAUACACAGCUUGGUUGUGUUCUUCAAGGAAAGAAUGGCAGAUUGGCAAGCAGUACGAGGUGCACUUGUGGGUUGCUUGGCAUUGAUACGGAGGAAAAGUGUUGUGGGUAUGGUAACUGGUAGUGAUGCCAAAGCUAUUGCCCAAUCUUUUUUACUGCACUUGCAAGUUCAAUCUUUAGGACAGUAUGACAGGAAGCUAUGCUUUGAACUAAUUGAUUACCUGCUAGAACAUCAUGCCGAUGCGGUUGCUUCAUUGGAGGAGGACCUUGUUUUUGGAAUUUGUGAAUCCAUAGAUGCAGAAAAGGAUCCAGAAUGUUUAAUGCUUGCUUUUCAUAUUGUCGAGUCUUUGGCACAUAUAUAUCCCGAUCCAUCUGGUCUACUAGCAAGCUUUGCUAAAGAUAUUUUUGAUAUUUUAGAACCUUACUUUCCUAUUCACUUUACACAUCCAACAGGUGGGGAAACUCAUGUGCAAAGAGAUGACCUGUCAAGAACUCUGAUGCAUGCAUUCUCUUCUACACCAGUUUUUGAACCAUUUGUUAUUCCUCUGCUUCUUGAGAAACUUUCUUCUUCACUACUUUCAGCAAAGAUUGAUUCCUUACAAUAUCUUAGAGUUUGUUCCGUCAAGUAUGGAUCCGAGAGAAUUGCAAAAUAUGCUAAGGCUAUUUGGUCUUCAUUAAAAGACACCGUAAAUACUUACAUGGGUGAGCCAGAUUUGUCUUUUACUCUAGCACCCAUAGAUGGUAUUGACUUUCCAAGGAAUGAAGUUGUAAUUGAAGCUCUGUCCCUCCUUCAAGAGCUUAUUAUGCAAAAUAGCAGUCAGUUAAUUAGCUUGAUAAUUGGUGAUGAGGAUGUCAACUUUAUUAUCAAUAACAUUUCCUCUUAUGAGAUCUACGACACUAUUUCUGCACAAGAAAAGAAGAAACUAUAUGCUAUUGGUCGCAUUCUCUAUAUUACUGCCAAGACUUCCAUUCCUUCCUGCAAUGCCGUGUUUCAAAGUCUUCUCUCAAGAAUGAUGGCUAAUUUGGGAUUUUCUGCUAUUAACACCAAUGGCUUGCAAAAUGGUGGUAUUUUUACCUCACAAAGAGUUAACUUCGGAUUCCUCUAUCUUUGUAUAGAACUACUUGGAGGAUGCAGGGAAUUAGUUACUUUGUCUGAGGAAAAAAAUGGGACAUAUUGCACCAUACUUCAUAGCUUCUCUGCUGUGCUAUUUAAUGCCUUUGGUUCAGUCUUAGCUGUAAGUGCUGACAGAUGCCCCCCUGAUCUUGAUAUAUACAUUGGAGUGAAGGGUUUGCUGAUUCUGGCAAUGUUUCAUUUAGAUGUUUUCCCAAUACCAAAAUCAACGUUUGAGAAUAUUUUGAAGAAAUUCAUGUCAAUUAUCAUAGAGGACUUUGACAAAAUAGUACUAUGGAAUGCCACAUUAAAAGCAUUAUUUCAUAUUGGCUCGUUUGUUCAAAACUUCAGUGAGUCUGAGAAAGCUAUGAGCUACAGGAGUUUAGUUGUAGAUAAAAUUAUGGAACUGCUAUCGCUUGAUGAUAUUGCUCUACCUUUUUCACUCAAAGUAGAAGCAUUAUCUGAUAUAGGCAUGACUGGCAUGAAAAAUAUGCUUACAAUUCUUCAAGGGCUGCAAGGAGCUAUAUUUGCCAAUCUAUCUGAGAUCUAUGUCCAUAAAAGUUUAAAGUCUUUAGAAACUGCUGUUCAGCUUUUGGAGUGCUAUUCUUGCAAGCUACUUCCAUGGAUCCAUGAAAAUGGGGGUGCAGAAAAUUUUGUAGUGCAAUUUGCUGUGGAGAUUUGGAGCCAAGCCGGAAGUUGCAUGGAUUUUAAUUCUCCAUUUGAGGAAAAAGUUCUUCUUGAUGCAAUGAUGACAGCGAUGAAAGUUUCUGUUGGGUGUUGCUCGGUAGAGAGUCAAAAUGUUAUAAUUCAAAAAGCUUAUAGUAUACUAUUGUCACAUACCAACUUUCAGCUUAAUGAAGUAGAAAGAUUGCCAUUAACUCUGGGAAAAUAUGACAUUUCCCCUAGGGGCGAAGGGAUACUUUUAUUAUUUACAUCAGUAAUUAUUGCACUUCGCCCUAAAACACUCAUUCCAAAUAUUAGAGGGCUUCUGCAUCUUUUUAUAAUAACCCUCCCCAGGGGUUUCGUUCCAGUUGCACAGGCUUUGGGUUCUAUGGUCAACAAACUCAUUUCAAAAUCCAACGAUACAGAGAAGUCUGGUGAAUUUACCUUGGAAGAAGCACUUGAUAUUAUAUUCAACACAAAAAUACAGUUCUCUAGUACUAAUCCGUUGCAGAGAUGUAAUGGAUCAAGUAAUGGAAGUGAAAUGGUUCUAACUGAUUUUUGCCUGGGCAUGACAAAUGAUAGAUUACUUCAAACCAGUGCCAUUUGUGGGCUCUCAUGGAUUGGGAAAGGUUUGCUACUGCGCGGUCACGAAAAGAUCAAAGACAUCACUAUGAUAUUUACAGAGUGCUUAGUAUCAGACAGAAAGAGUUCUUUGCCUUUAAUUGAAGGUUCACAUGAAAAUACUGAAGAGCAGAAAUGGGAUCCUUUGACAAGGAAAUGUGCUGCAGAUGCUUUUCAUGUUCUUAUGAGUGAUGCUGAAGUUUGUUUGAACAGAAAAUUUCAUGCCACUAUACGGCCUCUAUAUAAGCAAAGGUUUUUCUCUUCCAUGAUGCCAAUCUUUCUGCACUUGAUCUCAAGAUCCGAUUCUUCAUUGUCCAGAUCUUUACUGUUACGAGCCUUUGCACAUGUCAUAUCUGACACUCCACUGAUUGUUAUACUGAAUGAAGCUAAAAAGCUCAUACCAGUUCUUCUUGAUUGCUUGUCUAUGUUGACAGAAGAUAUCCAAGAUAAAGAUAUCUUGUAUGGUCUGUUGCUAGUUUUAUCUGGGAUGUUGACAGAGAAAAAUGGACACGAAGCUGUCAUUGAGAAUGCACAUAUUAUCAUCAAUGGUCUAAUUAAGCUUGUGGAUUACCCUCAUAAGACGCUUGUUCGGGAGACAGCUAUUCAAUGUCUUGUUGCAUUAUCUGAGCUUCCCCAUGUGCGUAUAUAUCCGUUGAGAAUACAGGUUCUACGGGCAAUACCAAAGUGUCUUGAUGAUACAAAGAGAUCUGUUCGCAACGAAGCUGUCAAAUGUCGACAAGCAUGGGCGUCUAUUGCAUCAUCCCGGAGUCUUCAGUUAUGAAGUUUUAAAGCAGCUACCGGAAAUGCUUUUGAACGUUAUUUAUUGGAGAUUCUUUCACCCAAAGUUUUGUAAUCUAAAUUUUACACUUGAGUAAUUGAUUAUUGAUAGUAUUUCUUGUAAAUAUCGAAGGUUGUAAGUUUUAUUGGUAUGUAUUUCUAGCAAUUAAUUAGUUGAGUCGAUUUUUACCUGAUUUAUAACUAUGAACUCCAGUGCUGAUAUUAAUGUACUGUCUGUUGAAACAUUUUGUAUGACUGGAGGUGGAUGAACAUGGGAAAAAUGAGUGAAAUAUAGAGAUAAGUUUGCUGCCAUACAUGCCUUACUCGUGACAAAAUUGUGCUAUAAUUUAAAGGGUAACGCCAACAUGUGCCCUUAGGGCACAUGUUAAGAGCUAAAGGUGGAAAUGUUUUCUUAAAAAUUGUGCAUUGUUUUCAUUAAAAAUUGAUAAUUAAUAUGUUUAUUACGUUUUCCAAUUCAAAUUUUCUAUAUUUAGGUUUCUUAACAUGUGCCUUUGGGGCACAUGUUAGCUUUAUCCUAAUUUAAAUUAGGGUCACUAACAUUGUGCUCAUCGAAAUUAAACUAAUUUAUUACUCUCUCUGUCUUAUAAUAAAUGUCUUAUUUAAAUUAUGUGUGAUACUUAAGAAAAUGAUUAGAUGUGUUAAUUUUAAUGAUAUAAUUAGUGAUAUGUUAGAAAAAUGUGUCGGUGAGUUGGAUAGCAUUGUUAGUUAGGAAG